UUGUGAAUUCAGUUUAAAAAAAACAACAACGGGCACUUCCGCCGGGGUUAUUGUCCGAUCCCUGUUUUCCUACUUCAGCCAUUUACGUUCGAAAAGUUGGCUCAACUUUCCGAGAAGCUAACAUGAACUAGCCGUUUCAGCGUUAGUAGAGAGUUUAUAUCUAACUAAUGAUGAUUAAAACGACAUUUUGCGUGUGUUGAUAAAGACAUUAUACAACAGCGUGUGGCGAUGGAAGAGCUUGUGGAAAAGCAUCGCCCUGUUUCCCCUUUUCACAUGAAACUUCAGCUGAGCUCCGGCACAGCUCUCAGAUUAAACAGUUUCAGGAAAAUGGUGGAUUCAGCUGGAUGUUAGUCAAAACUCUGCGCUAACUAGCUUCAAGAUGGCAGAGAGGACCCAUCCCGUCCCAGCAGACACCCCCUGUCCCCGCAGCUGUCUGGACACUGAGUUUGCUGUGAAUGACCUGAGCGGCUCCACCAUCCAGAGGCAGAGGAGGGAGCUCCAGCUGCUGAUGGCUGAGCUGAAGGACAGGGACAGGGAGCUGAACAGCAUGGCUGCUUCCCAUCAUAAGCAGUUUCACGCCUGGGAGCAAGACCGGCAGAGGUUACUCACCCUGGAGCAGAGGUGUACCCGUUUGGAUGACGAGUUGCAGAAGCGUAAUGAGGUGAUCCGAGUCCUGACGAAGCGUGUGUGGGUGGUGGAAACCAGGGAGGAGGAGGUUCAGAGGGAGCUCAGCGCAGCUCGACAGCAGCUCAGUGAGCUUGAACAGAAACAGCAGCACAUCAGCCAAAGGUGUCAAGACUUUGAGGAGAAGAACCAGAUCCUCAGCUCCGCGCUCACGUCUCUGUCCACUCAAGUCGGCUCUCUGCAGGUCAGGGAGGAAGAACUGAGUUCCAUGCUCAAACUCAAGGAUAAAGAUGUGACUGAGGCUUCUAGUCAAAUACUGGACCUCACAGGACGCCUACGAGUCCUGGAGACGUCGUUGGCGGAGAGUCGCUCACACGAAACCAAGAUCCUGAGAGAGUUAGAGGAAAAUAAACGGCGUUACAGAGAAGCAAGACACAACGUCACACUCCUUAAAGAGGAGCUGCAGCAGCAGAUAACUCAGAGCAGCACUCAGAGAGAGGAGAUCAUCCGGCUCAAACAGGAGCUCCAGCUGCUCCGCAGAGACCUGGCUUUGUCAGGGGAGGGCGACAGCUGGAAGGACGAGCUGCUGGAACUGGCUCGCUCCAAACAGGAACGCAGCAUGUCUGAACUCCGCUGCCUGCGACAGGUGUGUGAGAAUCAGCGGAACGACCUGCAGCUGCUGCAGUUAAACCUGGCAAGUGCCCGUGAAACCCUGAGGGAGAAAAGCAGUCAGGGGUUACUGAGCAGCAGCCAGGAGGAGUUAACGUGUAACUGUGUGGACAGCCGGUCGCCUCCAUCGAUCAGAGUGAAGAACCCAGGACCCGUUCAUGACUCCACCACGUCACCAGGAGCCGGUCUGCGGGCUCCUGGCGACAGCCUGGGAGUCUUCUCACCGCAGCUGACAGAUGGUGAGGAUCUCCUGUCCAGCUGUUUCCUGCAGCAGCUGCUGGAUGAAUCCAGGCACAGCAGCUUCAGACCCCACAGCUCAUCACACAGCAGUGGCCCGACUGUGAGCUGUGGGACCACUGAGCCCCUUUACUCCCAUAAGUGCCAGACACACCACCACCCAACCAGCCCGGCACACAAGGCCAGUGAAACUCCACCCAAAGCCUGCGUACGACUCGGUGCCAGCCAGCCACGUGGACGGCUCGACCCUGACUGAAGAACAGCUUCUCUUUUCAGAGGUUAACUUCAGUAUUUACCAAAGUGACACCACAAGAAACCAGGGUCAGAUUCAAACAUCAGUAUUAUCACAUCAGAUAGACUCAAUCUGAACCUGUAUGCUCACAGGCAGAGGCUCAACUGUCUCUCAGGGAGAAGAAGAAGUGAUAAAAAUAUGUCAGUACUUAACUGACAAAAUAUUUUUAAUCUUGUUUUAAUUUAGUGCUCGUGGAUCUCUGUAUAUUUUCUACAUGUGCAUCACUUCCUGUGAGAGCAGCAGAGAUUUACAUAAGUACUGUGUAUUUUUUUUAAAGGCUGUAUUGUGUGGAGCGGGUGAGACGUGAAACCAGUCCUACAGGGCCGUUGAGUGUUGUGUCCUUGUAUUGUCUUUCCAGUUUCACUGCCUGCAGAUUUGCCUGGUGACUCAGUGGAAGUGUCGAUAGCUGUUAAAAGUUUUUUUUUUUCACUUUGUAAGUUUCUACUUUUGAUAAAAUAUUUAUAAGCAGACUUCACGUCCGUGGAAUUUUACUGAUUGACAGUUUUUAAUAAACGCUUCACUGAU